GCAGAGCGAUUUGUCACAAACGCUUCAGAGGGAAAAAAAAUAGUCGAAACCACAAGCAUUCGUCUGAAAGACUGUAAUGCAAGAGGUCGAUGGAUACGGAGCUCUACUCAAUUCCGGAGAAUCAGUAACAACAAGUUGACAAGAUACCACCCAUCACAACGGAAGACUUAUUCACUGGCGCAACAUGACCUCAUUCCACCAGGACGCGGUCUACCCUGUCACCUCUCUAUUCAACACAAUCAACACUGAUCCUGUUCCAGCUCUGGGAUUGGCCAGCCAGUCUCUCUCAUUGGUCAGACAACAAAGGGAGAAGAGACGCUGUUGAAAGAAAAGGGGGAAAAAAACAACCUCGUAUUGAACAGCUCCCAGCCGGGCUCAGUGCCCAGGGAGAUUACCGCUGAGGGCCCUAAUGGAUGAUGAGGAGGAAGACAUGUCUCCUCAACGUCCAGUCUCUCAGCGCUGGGGCGCCCCCUUCAGGGAGAUCAAGAUCCCAGACACAGACGCCGCAGACAGGCAGGACAGGUCCACUCAGACUUCCACUGGGUCUUCGGUACCCCGGUCCGAGGGACAGAACACCGUGGGCCCACCAGGCACCAUCAACCACACCGUGCCGUAUGGAAGGCGUGGCCACCUCCAGGCCAGGACCCCAUUCGGCAACGCUGGAUUCCGAAGUCACUUUCCAGCUGAGUUUGAGCCCAUGGAUGAUCGAGGAGAAGGGCAGAACUGGGAAGAGGAGGACGAGGCACAGGGAAGGAGGGAGGAGGAUCAGGAAGAGGAGAGGAGGAGAAUGGAGGAGAGACAGGAGGAGGAGCAGGUAGAGGAUAGUGUGGAGGAGAGGAUCGGUCGGAAGCUUCGGGAGAUAGGCGAUCAGUUCCAUGAAGACCACGUUCAACUGUUCCUACAGCACCAGAGAGACCUACUGCCCGUCUGGAUGCGUCUCACCAUGGCCCUCUAUGGCUUCCUGUUUCGCCGAGAAACCCCUGUCGCACCCCGCCGAAGGGGACAGGAGAGAUGAAGGAACCCUGGAAACCUUCUACCCCCUCGAGGGACUCCUGGCCUGCAUUUGUCCCUUAAUCAAAACAAGGGAACAGACGGUUAGACGACCAUAAGAGUCGGAGGUUGGGAUUGCUUUUUUUUUUUUAAUCAAAGACGGAGAUGAGGAAGGUGGUCACUGCUGGACAGGACUAGAGUCACCUUGUCUCGCUCUCCACGAUGAAGAAGAAGCCAUGCUGUUUGAAAACAGAGAUAUUUUCAAAAAAAAAAAGAAUUGUAAACUAUAAAACUAUUUUGUACAGUACAUCUUUUUAUUUAGACUUGUUUCCACAUCUUGAAGGAAUUAGUUGAGGAUGGAGCUUGAGGUGUCAGUCAGUUAGUCUCAGUCCAGGGAAUGCCUUAUUCUCUCUGGUCUGACAACACUAGAAGUUCUGCUUUGAAAAGAUGUAAAGAGAAGAAGGAAAUACGGACACUUUAUGGACACAGAGGGUAUUCUGUGUAAAGUUACACUCACCACCACACAUCAAAUGACAGGUGCAUUAUCAGUGUAUUUUCUGAACAAACAAAGUCACAUGUUACUUAAUAUUUCACUGUUUAACACUGGUUUCUAGUUGGAAAUGGUUAUCAUAAGGAUUGGUGUUGUCAAGGCAAUUGCAGAAUUUAUGUCUUUUUGAUCUCCGGUGUAGAUUUUAAAAAUAAUGCACACAAGUUGUUGGGUAAGGCCAGUAUACCACCGCCAAGGGACGUUCAUAGAUGGAUGCAGCUUUUAGCCGUGGUCUAUUAGCCAAAUACCCCAAACCCUUGAGGUGCCUUAUUAUAAACUGGUUACCAAAAUAAUUAGAAAAGUACAGUUCUACGUUUUUUGUCAUAGCUUUGGUAUAUGAUGUGAUAUGCCGCGGCUUUCAGCAAAUGUGCAUUCAGGGCUGGAACCACCUGUUUUCUGAUAUUCUCUUUUAGUGGUCUCAUUCACCAGCACUUUGUGUGAAAUAGUUUUAAGAGGCAGUCUGAGAGAUGAAUGCCUGAUCCCUGUCCAUCUGAGAGAUGAAUGCCUGAUCCCUGUCCAUCUGAGAGAUGAAUGCCUGAUCCCUGUCCAUCUGAGGGAUGAAUGCCUGAUCCCUGUCCAUCUGAGGGAUGAAUGCCUGAUCCCUGUCUAUCUUAGGGAUGAAUGCCUGAUCCCUGUCUAUCUUAGGGAUGAAUGCCUGAUCCCUGUCCAUCUGAGGGAUGAAUGCCUGAUCCCUGUCUAUCUUAGGGAUGAAUGCCUGAUCCCUGUCUAUCUUAGGGAUGAAUGCCUGAUCCCUGUCCAUCUUAGGGAUGAAUGCCUGAUCCCUGUCCAUCUGAGGGAUGAAUGCCUGAUCCCUGUCCAUCUGAGGGAUGAAUGCCUGAUCCCUGUCCAUCUGAGAGAUGAAUGCCUGAUCCCUGUCCAUCUGAGGGAUGAAUGCCUGAUCCCUGUCCAUCUGAGGGAUGAAUGCUGUAUAGUUGAUGUGUACUUAAAGACACUAAGACUCUGGUCUGCAUUCAAUCAAGCAACUUUACUUUCAUUCCACAGUUUACUGUGAGCUGGUUUAUCGUUAUAUACAUUAAAAUCUAAGCUCAAGCUAAGCUCUAAGAUCAAGCGCACUUGUCUUUCAAUGUUCUGGACAAUCAUUUGUUAUCCUGGUGGACAUCUGACCAGACUUAUAGCAGAAUAGAUCUUGUAUUUUCUCUAUCAGAGGUUUCCAGAAUUUCUAUCUGGCUAAAUUGACAAUCACAAACAACCAAAUGACACGCCCACCCUGUGACAUGUCAUGUUCUACUCGUAUUAUUGGUCUGCUGUGAAAAAGGUACUGUCGUAUGUAAUCAGCGACAUGGUUUCUUUUUGGAGCAAUAUCGUUAGCCAGUAUGAGGACGCUAGCUAACCCUUUCAGGUGUGUGGCAUUUACAAUCACAUUGGCGUGUCAAGGAGAACGUAUAACAAACAACAUUUAAUCAGUCAUUGAAUGACGGCUUGACUGAAGCUCAUUUCUGUUAAAUACGUUUUCCAUUUUCUUUUCACUCUCAUCACUUAGCUGGUGUGAAUCACGUUGGUAUCAGCUCCCAUGCAGGAAUGAAAUCUACAAGGGAAUAUAUUCUAUGGGAUUUGGGCUUAAUAAAUUGAACAGGAAGACAUUUCCACAAUGGUGUUUAGGAGCCAUUAUGGUGCAUGAAGUGUUUAACAUGCAUAAAUAGUCUACUCCAGUCUAAGUAGAUGUUGCUCUGGUGAUUCCUUACCUAGACCAUUAUUACUCCCAAGGACUAAAGACUUUAGAAUCCCUGGGAAAUAAUUUUUAGUAUUAAAAGAAACACCACUUCUUUUUACAGAGUUCUAUUUUGCACCAAGUGAACAUGUAAUUAUUUAAGUGCUUAAAGAUGGUUUCUGACAUUUGAAAGUGGUUUUAAAGUUAUAAAUAGAAGGCCAUAUUUUACAAACAAAAGACAAAAUAAUGAUAUGAAUAUAUUUGAUUAAGACACUGAUAGGCUUUUCUGUUUUCGAUUGUAUAAAAUGUUCUUCAGGGAGUAGUUGUUGAGUUAUUCUUCUAAAGUUAUUUGGCCCAACCUGUUGUAUAACCCUGUUUCCAAAACAUUUGGGACGCUGUGUAAAAGGGAAAUAAAAAAAUAUGUGCAAAUAAUUUAAACCU